GAUUCAGAAGAGUUAUUAUAUAAAAGUUCAAAGAAAAAUAUCCAAGAGUGUAGUUAAAUCUUUGCUUAAUGUUUUUCUUAUUAGGUGAUUACCACCUAACAUUAUGACCUUUUUAUCUAUAACUUAUUAAUAAAUAAUCAAUAAGUAUAUAAGAGAACAACCAAUAUCUUUAACUCAAAUUCAAAUUCGUAUGUAAGAGAAUCAACAUGAAGAUUUAUAUUGUUUUACAAUUGACAAUCAUUUUCGUGACAAUCCAUUUUUCCACACAAUUAGAAAAUCUAUUAGAUUCGCCCGUGCGUAAAUGUAUAGAAUGUGUUUGUCAUGCGAGAACUGGUUGUUUUAAUCGGAUGACAUGCGCCAGUUACUCAAUAAGUAUGAAUUAUUGGCAUGAAGCGGGUUCUCCGACUUUAAACGUAAACGAUCCAGCAAAUACAGCGUCAUACAAUGCUUGUAUGAGAGACGAAAAUUGUAUUUUGAAUACCAUCAAAUUAUACACCGAUAGAUAUGAAAAACCGGAAUGUGAUUGUAAUGACGUUUACGAUUGUAGAGAUAUGUUAAUGAUUCAUUUGAAUGGCCAAAAUUGUAACAAAGUAAUAAGCAAUGAUGUUAGGUCAAGAUAUAAUAAAUGCGCCCAAGAUAAUGGAUUACAACGUAUCGUAACAGACAGUAGAUGUAGGCCUGACCCACAAUAAAUGUAUUGCAUUUAGAUUAUGCAAAUUUAUUUGUUGUUGAUUUGACAAUUUGAUGGUUUUGUUAAUAUUUUAAAAUAAAAUCUUUAAUUGAUUGUUUAAAAUAUAUACUGCAG